CAAGAAUGACGAUGACCUUUUCCUGUUGUGUGUAGUGACCUCAACGUCACCAAAACACGUGUAGCAGUGACGUCAUGAAAAUGUUGGUUAGGGUGAAAUCCCCGGAUGUUCCUCCUCUUUGCAGCAGUGGCUGAAAGUCAAGAUGCCGGACAAGAAAAAGAAGGCGACGAAGCACUGCUCCCGCAAUGCCACCCUCAUCAAGGGGGUUGGCCGCAACAGCCGCUCUAAGAUGUGGGCCAAGACCUUCAUGUAUGAGCGCAUCAAGAAGGCCCUGAAAAAGCCUAGGGCUAAGACAGAAACCAAGAAAAACACCCGGUUCGUCAACAAAGACAUUGGUGGUGACAAGAACGGAGGCACCAGAAAGGUCCCAGUCAGCAGGACGCCGAAGUACUACCCUACAGAGGACGUCCCCCGCAAACUUCGCAGCAACAAGAAGCCCUUCUCCCAGCACAAGAAGAAGCUGCGCCCUUCCAUCACACCUGGCACUGUCUUGAUCUUGGUGUCAGGCAGGCAUAAGGGAAAGAAAGUUAUUUUCCUGAAGCAGUUGAAAAUGUCUGGUCUUCUUCUGGUCACUGGUCCGUUCAAGCUCAACGCUGUCCCCCUGCGCCGCGUCAACCAGAUCUACGUGAUUGCCACGAAGACAAAGAUCGACAUCUCCGGUGUGAAGCUCCCCUCCCGCCUGAAUGACCGGUAUUUCAAGCGCAAGAGGCUGAGGAAACCCAAGCACCAAGAGGGCGAGAUCUUUGACACGGAGGAAGAGAAAUACUCUGUGAGUCAGGAGAGAAAGGAGGACCAGGUGAAAGUGGACAGUCAGAUCCUGCCACUCCUCACCAAUGAGAAACACCUGAAGAGCUACAUGCGCUCCACCUUCUCCCUCAAGAACGGCCAAUACCCACACGAGAUGGUGUUCUAACAUGUCGGCUAUCUGUACUGACUAAAAACAUUCAAUAAAAACCAGAUCGAAAUACGAGA